AGUCAAGAUAAAAAUGAUGUCAGGUACCUGUUAAGUGCUGGAAGACACAAACGCUCUUAGAAGGUCAGAGCACGAGAACAAAUGGUGACAGGAUAAAAGGUUCCUAAAGACGAUAUGCUCUCUGCCUCUCACAUCUCAGCCUGUUCUGAAGGUCACACAAUUGAUUUUUUUUUUUUCACUAUUUGCCAUCCAAUCCUGAUUUAGUCCAGGAUUUCAUCAAGCAAAUACAAACAGGGCUGCACAGUGGAGUAGUGGUUAGCACUUUCUCCUUGCAGCAAGAAGAUCCCUGGUUCAAAUCCCGGCCUGAUCCCGGGAUCUUUCUGCAUGGAGUUUGCAUGUUCUCCCUGUGCAUGCGUGGGUUUUCUCCGGGUACUCCGGCUUCCUCCCACAGUCCAAAAACAUGCUGAGGUUAAUUGAUAACUCUAAAUUGUCCAUCGGUGUGAAUGUGAGUGUGAUUGUGUGUCUGUAUAUGUAGCCCUGUGACAGACUGGUGACCUGUCCAGGGUGUCCCCUGCCUUCACCAGAGUCAGCUGGGAUAGACUCCAGCACCCCCCCAUGACCCUAGUGAGGAUAAAGCGGUGUAAGAGAAUGGAUGGAUGAUUAGAGAUCUGGGGGAACAUGCUGACCAGCCCCACUAGACACCGGCCCACCGGGACAGAGCCCUGUAUGCCAGAUGGCCAGUCCACCCCUGAGCAUAGCUGAUGUGUUUUGAUAUGAGAUUAAGACACAUCAUAUUAUUAUAAAAAAGUAAAUGCAAGCUGUGUUGGUGUUUGUUCACAGCAGUGAGAUUAACAAUGCAAAUUGUCAGCCUCAAAACUCAGUGAAAUCAUAUAUGGAGCUGUACUGGUGCAGGUAAUUAGGACAUACACAGUGUUUAUGGAUGAAGGUAUAAGCAUUAUAUAAUUGGCUUGCUACCAUGUGUGAGCAUCUGUUCUAAUGUGUUUAUGACAACUAAUCAGGCUUAGUGGAGCUGGGUCAUCACACACUUUUGUGAGUGUGUGUAUCCAGAGUGUAUCAGGAUAGCGGAGCACAUGUGUUGAACAGCCUUUUUCUUCACUUUCAGCAGUUUUAAAGUUUGAAAAGACAUUAAAUGGGAUUAACAGCUUCACGGUCCAACGUAUUUGAAAGGGACAAUGCCGACGUUGACCCCACACAUAUCAGUACCGCGACCCUCCUACUCCCAGGCCAGGGAGAACCUGGUGAAAGCCAUCCCACCCAAGCUGCUCUGUCUGCUGGCCUGUGGAGGAAUAGACUGUCGCUAUGAGGGACCAGACUGCUGGAAGUUGAACCAACAAGUAAUUCGAGGCCUUUUCUCCUCCUGGGUGACCGAUGAUAUAGUUGCUAUGACACGACCAUCCAAUCAUUUAAUUGAGAAGUACAACAUCAUAGAUCAAUUCCGCAGGUUAAACAUCAGAUCAAUCAUCAACAUGCAGCUCCCAGGAGAGCACGCUCACUGUGGACCUCCUCUAGACCCUGAAAGUGGUUUCACGUACUCUCCACACAUCUUCAUGGACAACGACAUUUACUUUUACAACUUUGGGAUGCCGGAUUUUGGAGUGUCAUCUCUUGUCGGUGUAAUCGAUGGAGUGAAGGUUCUGGCCUUCGCAGUGAAGGAAGGCAGAGUGGCUGUGCACUGCCAUGCAGGCCUGGGCAGGACAGGCGUUCUGAUAGCCUGUUAUCUGAUCUACACCCUCCGCAUCAGCCCAAGUGAGGCCGUCCACUACGUGCGGAUCAAGCGGCCUCGUUCCAUCCAAACUCGAGCACAGAUUAGCCAGGUGUUUGACUUCGCUCGCCUGCUUGGCACUCAGCUGGUUCAGUAUCCAGAUCUCAGCCUGCGGCACGGAGCUCCUUUCACCCUGCAGCACUACCUAAACCGACAAGCGCUUCUGCUGCAUGGUCAGGAGGCACGCAAUUUAAGACACACACCCAAGGUGGUGUACCUCCUGUGUGUGCGUCUCUCCUGCCUAGCGCUUGGUCUCCCGUCUCCUCCAGAGGUCCACGCCGAGCUGGACAAAAGGUCAGCGAUAAGGGGGCUGAGCAGGACUGUGAGAGAGACCCUGGUGGCCAAACAGUACUUGCCCUUGCUGAGAGACGUUCGUAAGGGCUCCUGGGCAGGUUCAGGGUCGGUGUCCUCCUGGGAUGAACCGCUAGGAUUCUUAGAGAGGAAGAGAGAGGUGUUGCUGGACAAACGCAGCUACAGUGACUCUGACCUCAGCAAGAUCACAGUCAAUGAGGAUAUGGAGCUGAGUCCAUUCUGUUCUGCAGCGCUUGGAAAUGAGAAAAACUGGUGCGUUCAGGAUCUGAUACAAGCUGAUCUGAGACCAGUCAGUCCGGUCCUUGCCACACUUUCACCAGGCCAUCAGACUACCAAAAAGGAAUCUCAUACACUCAACGUCCCAUCGUCUGGUGGGAAAACAAGCAGCAGCUGUGCUAAGAGAUUUAAGUGCACAGCUAAGAAGACACUCCCAAAACACAGCUCCAAUAUGGAGUUGUGCAGAAAUCCAAACAAUCCAGGCCCAACCUCGAUGGCUCGUCCCGUUGCUAAAGCAAUGGCAGAACAAGGUCCUCCGGGGGAAACCAUUCUGCAAAGGUCGGCUCUGCUGCAGGAGGAGCUGAACAGUAGUGACUGUGGCUGGGCUCUGCUGGUCACCGAGUCGGAUCCUCAAGUCCUCUGUUGUCUCUUGUGGACUUGGCUGGAGAAGUUGAGGGAGCCUGUUCUGAGUGCUGAGGAUGUGGAAAGGUUGAAUGUUGGAGCGAGCAACCGGAAGCCUCUUAGCGUGCUUAAAAAGCCACAGAGACACACCAUCUAUUGUGUGCUGAGCUGUGUGAGCACAGUGACCGGCUUGUGUCCACACAGAGAGGAUGCAGUGCUUCAACGGCUGAUGCGGGCACUUACAAGGCGCCCUCAAGAGGAACUAGGAAGUCUUACAUCUUUGAUGAAAGUCCUGAAGGCCAGUUUGAGAGAAACAUUCCACAACUACAGAUACCUUACGCGGGCCUGCAGCACCAACGCUACAUUAUGAAGAGCAGAGUCCAUAUUACAACAAAGUUGAGCAGAGAAGAUUGUUGCAUUUUUUUGGACCCAAGUGUGGGCAAAAUCAAAAUGCAAAGGAGGCUUUUUUUUCCCCACAGAGGGCAUUUUGACAUGUCACAAUAGUAAAAGCAAGGCUGCAAACAAUAAAAGAGAUGGGUCAACAUGUAA